GUGAAACCUUAAUCAUGAGGCUGCCGUUUCUUUUGAUUACCCUGACCAUAGUGAUGCUUAGCAUCGAUACUGUGCCAACAGAAAGUGCUAAAAUUUUGGUAACUUUGCCAUUUCCUGGUAGAUCGCAAUACAUAUUCAUUGAGGCGUAUCUAAAGGCAUUGGCUGCCAAAGGACAUCAGUUAACUGUGAUCAAUGCUUUUAAGAACAAGCCAACACCCAAUAUACGUUUCAUAGAGGCUACAAAGAUUCAAGAGCAUUUUGCUGAGUUGCUGGGCAAUUUAGGAGGGGCUCCUACAUUUUGGCAAGAGCUCAGCGGCUUAGAAGAUAUUCUAAUCGAGGUCAUGCAAUGCACUUUGGAUGACGAGGGUGUUCAGAAGUUAUUGAAUUCGGGCGAAACGUUUGAUUUGGUGAUCUCAGAAAUGCUACAAACAGAGCCGUUGUAUGCCUUUGGUCAACAUUUUAAUGCCACAUUAAUGGGAUUCUCUAGCUAUGGCAAUGAUCAUCGCAUUGAUGAAAUAAUGGGUAACAUAUCGCCGUUAUCUUAUAAUCCAUCGAUUCUCUCGCCACGAACUGAUCGUAUGACUUUCUGGGAACGUUUGAGCAAUCACUACGAAUACAUAGUUGAAUCUCUUCACCGUUCUGUUGUCCACCUGCCUCGAAUGAGGAAAAUGAUUGCGAAAUAUUUCCCCGAAUCUAAGAAAACGAUGGAAGAGAUUUUGGAUAGUUUUACCUUAAUGCUAUUGGGCCAGCAUUUCACUUUGAGCUACCCACGUUCAUAUAUGCCGAAUAUGAUUGAGGUGGGAGGCUUACAUAUUGCCCACAAGCCCAAACCUUUACCCAAGGAUAUUAAGGAGUUCAUUGAGACAGCCUCUGAUGGAGUCAUCUACUUCUCCAUGGGUUCAAAUGUCAAAAGCAAAGAUCUAGGCGAGGGGACUAUAAAAACUUUGCUCACAGUCUUUAGUGGACUUAAGCAGAGAGUUUUAUGGAAAUUUGAAAAUGAUGAACUACCUGGCAAGCCGAAUAAUGUCUUCAUCAGCAAAUGGUUUCCCCAACCCGAUAUUCUGGCCCAUCCGAAUGUGAAAUUGUUUAUUACCCAUGGUGGACUCUUAAGCUCUACGGAGAGUGUCUACUUUGGUAAACCAUUAUUGGGUCUGCCCGUUUUCUUUGACCAGCAUAUGAAUGUGCAGCGAGCUAGCCGCAUGGGUUUCGGUCUUGGUUUAGAUCUGCAUAAUCUAAAUGCUAAAGAAAUAUCCGAAACCAUUCACACACUGCUUACCACACCAAGUUAUACUCGGAACGCUGCUCUAAUUGCCGAGCGCUACCGUGAUCAACCAGAACCUGCUCUGGAUCGUGCUAUCUGGUGGACUGAAUAUAUUCUUCGACAAAAAGGUGCCCCACAUAUGCGAGCCGCUCCCAGAGAUAUGAAUUUCAUUCAACAUCGCAGUCUCGAUACACUAGCUAUUCUCUUGGUCGUUCCCCUGGCUCUAGUGCUUAUAUCUUCAUGUAUUAUCAUUCGUCUUAUCCGAUACGUACUUGGUGGUAAAUCCAAAAGUAGUUCUAAUCAGCAUAAGAAGAAGAAGAAGCAUUAAAAUGUAAUUCAUAGACGACAGAAUAUGUGUUGUCGAGAAGCUUAUCAAUUGAUUAUAAAAAAAUUAUAAACAUAAAUUAUUUCGAAACAGA